CCAACAACAAAACAGCGAUGCCACGGCGCUAACGGCGCCCGAUGCCUCCCGGGCUCCCUCCCCGCCCCACACCUCCUCGGGCCGUCGCCCCCACCCCCCCAAGCCCGGGCCGAGAGCCCCCCCAACUAGCCCGGCAGCGGGCUCCGAGCGCGAUCGGCAACAAUGUUUACGUUCCGGGGAUUAUGACGUCGACGCCUCCCCCCCCCCACAACUGCUGAAAAUGGUUUCCUAGGACUUUGCAAACGGAUCUGCCUAAGUGUUGGUGCAAAACUUUGUAGAUCUCGGCUCUGGCUUGCUUUAUUUAUUUAUUUUUUGGUUUGUUUUCUUUGGUCUUCCCUCCUUCCCCCCUCGGCCAAAAUGCAGGGGGCAGGAGUGUUGACAAUUAAUUGGUGAACUCUCCUAAAAAAAUGGAGGCAGAGAAAGACUCUGGAAGAAGAUUGCGCCCGAUUGACCGCCAGCGAUACGACGAGAACGAGGACUUGUCGGACGUGGAGGAGAUCGUCAGCGUCCGCGGCUUCAGCCUAGAGGAGAAGCUUCGCAGCCAGCUGUACCAGGGGGACUUCGUGCACGCCAUGGAGGGCAAAGAUUUCAACUAUGAGUACGUACAGAGAGAAGCUCUCAGGGUUCCCCUGAUAUUUCGAGAAAAGGAUGGACUGGGAAUUAAGAUGCCUGACCCUGAUUUCACAGUCCGAGACGUCAAACUCCUAGUGGGGAGCCGGCGGCUUGUGGACGUGAUGGAUGUGAACACCCAGAAGGGCACGGAGAUGAGCAUGUCCCAGUUUGUGCGUUACUACGAGACGCCCGAGGCCCAGCGGGACAAGCUGUACAACGUCAUCAGCUUAGAGUUCAGCCACACCAAGUUGGAGCACUUGGUCAAGCGUCCGACUGUGGUAGACCUGGUGGACUGGGUGGACAACAUGUGGCCCCAGCAUCUGAAGGAGAAGCAGACAGAAGCCACGAACGCCAUUGCAGAGAUGAAGUACCCGAAAGUGAAGAAGUACUGUCUGAUGAGCGUGAAAGGUUGUUUCACCGACUUCCACAUCGACUUUGGAGGCACUUCCGUUUGGUACCAUGUUUUCCGGGGUGGGAAGAUUUUUUGGCUGAUUCCUCCAACGCUGCACAAUUUGGCGCUGUACGAGGAGUGGGUGCUGUCAGGCAAACAAAGUGACAUCUUUCUGGGAGACCGUGUGGAACGAUGCCAAAGAAUUGAGCUGAAGCAGGGCUACACAUUUUUCAUCCCUUCUGGUUGGAUCCAUGCCGUCUACACCCCUGUAGACUCUUUGGUGUUCGGCGGAAACAUCCUGCACAGUUUUAACGUGCCCAUGCAGCUGCGGAUCUACGAGAUCGAGGACAGGACGCGGGUGCAGCCCAAAUUCCGUUACCCCUUCUACUAUGAGAUGUGCUGGUAUGUCCUGGAGAGAUACGUGUACUGUGUGACCCAGCGCUCCCACCUCACUCAGGAAUACCAGAGGGAGUCGAUGCUUAUUGAUGCCCCGAGGAAGCCCAGCAUAGACGGCUUCUCUUCGGAUUCCUGGCUGGAGAUGGAGGAGGAGGCCUGUGAUCAGCAGCCUCAGGAGGAGGAGGAGAAGGACGAGGAGGGCGAGGGCAGGGACAGGGCACCCAAACCGCCCACCGAUGGCUCCACUUCACCUACCAGCACGCCCUCCGAGGACCAGGAGGCCCUCGGGAAGAAGCCCAAAGCACCUGCCCUGCGAUUCCUCAAAAGGACUUUGUCUAACGAGUCGGAGGAGAGUGUGAAGUCCACCACAUUGCCCGUAGACUACCCCAAGACCCCCACCGGCUCUCCUGCCACGGAGGUCUCUGCCAAAUGGACCCAUCUCACCGAGUUUGAACUGAAGGGCCUGAAAGCUCUGGUGGAGAAACUGGAAUCCCUCCCGGAGAACAAGAAGUGUGUCCCCGAGGGCAUCGAGGACCCCCAGGCACUCCUGGAGGGUGUGAAGAACGUCCUGAAGGAGCACGCGGAUGAUGACCCUAGUCUGGCUAUCACUGGGGUCCCUGUGGUGACUUGGCCAAAGAAGACUCCAAAGAACCGGGCUGUGGGUCGGCCCAAGGGGAAGCUGGGCCCGGCCUCCGCGGUGAAGUUGGCCGCCAACCGGACAACGGCAGGAGCUCGGCGGCGCCGGACGCGAUGCCGCAAGUGCGAGGCCUGCCUGCGGACCGAGUGCGGAGAGUGCCACUUCUGCAAGGACAUGAAGAAGUUCGGGGGCCCCGGGCGCAUGAAGCAGAGCUGCAUCAUGCGGCAGUGCAUCGCGCCAGUGCUGCCCCACACUGCCGUGUGCCUUGUGUGUGGCGAGGCGGGGAAGGAAGACACGGUGGAAGAGGAGGAAGGCAAGUUUAACCUCAUGCUCAUGGAGUGCUCCAUCUGCAACGAAAUCAUCCACCCUGGAUGCCUUAAGAUUAAGGAGUCAGAGGGUGUGGUCAACGACGAGCUUCCAAACUGCUGGGAGUGUCCGAAGUGUAACCACGCCGGCAAGACCGGGAAACAAAAGCGUGGCCCUGGCUUUAAGUACGCCUCCAACCUGCCCGGCUCCCUGCUCAAGGAGCAGAAGAUGAACCGGGACAACAAGGAAGGGCAGGAGCCUGCCAAGCGGAGGAGCGAGUGUGAGGAGGCGCCCCGGCGCAGGUCGGAUGAGCACCCCAAGAAGGUGCCGCCGGACGGCCUCCUGCGCAGAAAGUCUGAUGACGUGCACCUGAGGAAGAAGCGGAAAUACGAGAAGCCCCAGGAGCUGAGUGGACGCAAGCGGCUCAAACCUGGCAAAGAAGAUAAGCUUUUCAGGAAAAAGCGGCGGUCCUGGAAGAACGCCGAGGACCGCAUGGCGCUGGCCAACAAGCCCCUCAGGCGCUUCAAGCAGGAACCCGAGGACGAUCUGCCCGAAGCGCCCCCCAAGACCAGGGAGAGCGACCACUCCCGCUCCAGCUCCCCCACCGCGGGACCCAGCACCGAAGGGGCCGAGGGCCCGGAGGAGAAGAAGAAGGUGAAGAUGCGCCGGAAGCGGCGGCUUCCCAACAAGGAGCUGAGCAGGGAGCUGAGCAAGGAGCUCAACCACGAGAUCCAGAGGACGGAGAACAGCCUGGCCAACGAGAACCAGCAGCCCAUCAAGUCGGAGCCUGAGAGUGAGGGCGAGGAGCCCAAGCGGCCCCCAGGCAUCUGCGAGCGCCCCCACCGAUUCAGCAAGGGGCUCAACGGCACACCCCGGGAGCUGCGGCACCAGCUGGGGCCCAGCCUGCGCAGCCCGCCCCGCGUCAUCUCCCGACCCCCACCCUCCGUGUCCCCGCCCAAGUGUAUGCAGAUGGAGCGCCAUGUGAUCCGGCCACCCCCCAUCAGCCCCCCGCCUGACUCGCUACCCCUGGACGAUGGGGCAGCCCACGUCAUGCACAGGGAGGUGUGGAUGGCCGUCUUCAGCUACCUCAGCCACCAAGACCUGUGUGUCUGCAUGCGGGUCUGCAGGACCUGGAACCGCUGGUGCUGCGAUAAGCGGUUGUGGACCCGCAUUGACCUGAACCACUGCAAGUCUAUCACACCCCUGAUGCUGAGCGGCAUCAUCCGGCGACAGCCCGUCUCCCUCGACCUCAGCUGGACCAAUAUCUCCAAGAAGCAGCUGAGCUGGCUCAUCAACCGGCUGCCUGGGCUCCGGGACUUGGUGCUGUCAGGCUGCUCAUGGAUCGCGGUCUCGGCCCUUUGCAGCUCCAGUUGUCCGCUGCUCCGGACCCUGGAUGUCCAGUGGGUGGAGGGACUAAAGGAUGCCCAGAUGCGGGAUCUCCUGUCCCCGCCCACGGACAACAGGCCAGGUCAGAUGGAUAAUCGGAGCAAGCUCCGGAACAUCGUGGAGCUGCGCCUGGCAGGCCUGGACAUCACAGAUGCCUCCCUGCGGCUCAUCAUCCGCCACAUGCCCCUGCUCUCCAAGCUCCACCUCAGUUACUGUAACCACGUCACCGACCAGUCCAUCAACCUGCUCACCGCUGUUGGCACCACCACCCGAGACUCCUUAACCGAGAUCAACCUGUCUGACUGCAAUAAGGUCACUGAUCAGUGCCUGUCCUUCUUCAAACGCUGUGGAAACAUCUGUCAUAUUGACCUGAGGUACUGCAAGCAAGUCACCAAGGAAGGCUGUGAGCAGUUCAUAGCCGAGAUGUCUGUGAGUGUCCAGUUUGGGCAAGUAGAAGAAAAACUCCUGCAAAAACUGAGUUAGUCCAAGGACAAGUAUGUAAAUAUGGGGUGGGCUCUGGGAGGGGAGAGACUUUACAAAAAUGAGGGCUUUUAUUUUCCAUUUGGAACGUGGGACAACAGACCACAACGCAAUUCCAUUUUGCAAGUCUUUCCAAGGGAGAAGCUGUUCAACCACCCAUUUGGGGGAUGAGUGAGCCGACACUUUCUUGGUCUUUCUAAGUCGUAACUGCACUGCUUUCUGGACCAUUUCUAAGGCGGCCUUUACAAGAAGACAUUCCUGUCAGAGAGGAGGGUGGACUUCGGAGAAAUUCUCAUACUGAAGCGUGAGCUUAGGAGUUUCUGUUAGUGGGAGUGGUGUUUUGGACACUUCAUUCCUUGCAACACCGAGGUUUUGGGUGUUGACAUAAAGUGGACCACACACCACAUCUGCUGCCGUCUUGACACUUUUUUUUGGUUGGUUGGUUUUGUUACAUCUUACAUUAUGCAGAACUAUUUUUGUACAAAUUGUUUAAAAGUUAUUUAUGCAAGGUUUGAAUGCAUACCAGUGUUUUUAUUGUUUUGAGAUUGCCAAUUUUCCUGAUUUCCUUAAGGUAGGAGAGAAUUUAACGUGUACUUCAUCGACACAACCCAUCUACAAAUGUGCCCAGAUCUAACAAAGUAGGCUAAGACCUUCCACUUAAAAGCAUGUUUAACUGGAAGUUGAGAGUCUGCUUUGUACCUCAAGAGUUACAUGAGCAUGUUGUGGAUAGAUGUAAAUUAUAGUCGAAGUAAGAUACUCUGCCAAGUUUCCUCUGUAGAGAAUUCACUUUUCUCAAAUUUUAAAAUUUCAACUUCAGCCUUUGCACUCAGGAGGGUCUGCUCCAGCAUGAGCUCUUGUACUUACAUAGAUCUAAUUUAUACAGUGAGUCAAGACGUGGAAUAAGUGCUCCCACAUAGCCUUUCUUUUGCUUUUUUCUCUCCUCUGAAGUGUGAGUUGAGUUCUCAUUUAGGUUUGUAACAUGGCUAUUUCCUAGCUGUAAAGUUCUGCAUUUAUAAGUGCCAUUGUUGUAAGGUGGUGUUUCCUAGACCUUCCCUGAUGCGAUUUUACCUUUGUUGAAUUUGUAUAAACAAUUGUACAAAAAAAACCACUCUCGAACUUUGAGGGUUUUUGUUCUAGGAGUGGACUAGAAGUUUAAGCCCAGAGUCAGUAAACACUGUUUUGAGGUCCAAA